AUGCUUUGGCCCCAAGUAGAACUUCUUUGUAGCAAGAAUCGCAAUUUCAGGCUUCAUGUGUAUGGCUUCGGAGGUGAAUGUCAUUACUUUUCUAAAACCCUAGAAAUCAAGAGUUGCAGCUCUGCCGAGCAUGCUUGCCAUGUGGCGAAUUCCACACUGGCGGAAGAGGUCAGUCUUGACAAUUUGACAGACAAUGCUUUGCAACAGAUCUUAAAAGCCUUGAUGAACCGAGAAGGCCUGAAUAAUCUUUGCGUGAAGAAUCAGAGUUUAAGUGAAGUAUCCUUAAAAGAUAUGUCCAAAGUGAAAGAGAAGUUCCAAGGUGCUAAACUUGUGCUGGAAGAUGUUUCAAUUCCGUUAUCCCAGCUUCGAGAGAACCCGGCAUGUUCUCAGCUCAUUUCGACGUGCCCAAAGGUGAAUGAGUGUGAUCAAGAAGUUUGUGAAACCGGUUUCGAAGUUCGAACAAUGUGUUGCGGGAAGGAAGUCCACCCUCUUGCGUCUCCAUUGCAGAUUUCAGGCGCAUCUGUAGCAGACUUGAGCUGGAUGUUUUCCUUGGGUCACAAUGAUCUGAUAUUGCAAAAUCCAGACUUUGACGUUGAACUCAUGGAGACAUGA